UAAUGUGUUGUUUGUUUUAUUAAAAAAGAAUGGGAAUCGAAUAUGAAGCACCAGCAUUCUCCACCACCACCACCACUGUUCUCCACCACACCAUUGCAAUUGUUAGUCCUCAAGCCUCCAACACUGCCACCCCUCCAUCCUCUACUGUUGCAUCGCCCGACUCCGACACCCACCGGCCGCCGACCCUCCGUACGGACCCAUGCCAUCCUUCUCUCUUUUUUUUUCUUUUAAUUUUUUUCGUAGAUCUGGUAGUUUGUUAGUUUUUAGGGUGUAAAGGGUUGUUUAUUUGGGUGUUUGAGGUUGUUUAUGGGGUGGUUUGGGUUGUUUAUUGAGAUGGUUAGGGUUUUUUGGUGGUUUUCAUGGUGGUUUUUAGGGUAAUAGGCGGCUAACGUGAUGGGUUUAAGGUUAUUUUCGGGUGGGUUUGGGUGGAUUCGAGGAGGGUGGGUAUUUUUCCGGGAGGGUUUUGGGUGGUUUUGGUAGGCAAGGGUGGUUUUGGGUGCGGGUGGGUUUUUUUCUUUGGUGGUUUUGGGUGGUUUCGGUGGGGAAGGAUGGUGGUCGUGCGGUGGUGAGUGUUUGGGCGAUGUUUCCGAUGGCUAGGCGGUGCUUCUGGUGGCGGUUGGGAGGUGGUGUUGAUGUCUGGGCAAUGUUUUUGGUGGUUGAGCGGUGGUGUCGAUGGUCAGUUGGUGUUCUCAAGGGUGGUCAAGGUAGUUAGAAAUUUGGUCAAGGUAGUUGGUCGAAGAAGAAUUUGGGGGUUUGGGUGAUUCCCUGGAGGGGGGUGGGGAAUGAAGAUAGAGGAAAAUGGGGUAAUGGGAGGGGUAAAGGGAAUGAUUGAUUUUGUCAAUCAAACAUCAACAAAGGGAUUCAUGGUAGUUGAUUCUCAUUCCCUUUGUUGAAUACCCCCAACCAAACGGCCCCUUAAGGUUUACUCAUUAAAUCAACCCAACUCGAGUUCACCAAACCCGACCGGGCGACCACAAGGCGUCAAGGCCUACAAGUCCCGUGCACAGUUUUCUAGUUUUCUACCCAGUCUGCGGCUAUCCUUCACCCCUUAUUCUCUAUAGACCCUCUCUCUCUUUACCUCUUCCCCACCACCAGCACUAUCAAAUGACUGCUAUACCUCCGGCGCCGGCAAGAGCAGAAAUCCUGCAUCUUUUCCGGUCACUUCUUCGCGUUGCUCGUCAAUUUCCCGACUACAAUAUCAGAGAAUACGCUAAACGAAGAACCAUUGAUGCUUUCCAUCACAACAAAUCACUCUCUGAACCUUCUUCCAUUGCUCAAGCUUUCGCCGACGCCAAGUCUCAGCUCGAUGUUGCUAAGCGUCAGGCUGUUGUUUACUCACUUUAUGCUCCCAAAGUGAAGAGCAUUAUGGAGGUCUAGACCCUAAUUUUUUAGUGUUGAUCCUGCUGGGGCUUUGCGGAUUUAAGAUAAAGAUUCGUGAGUUUACAAGUGUAUUUUUGAAUUUGUUGGUUUCUGGGCUUUAUCAUUUAUUAGAGUUUGCAAACUCUCAUAUAUGCUAAAGCAGAAGUCUUGAUAUAUGUAAACUGGUGGUGAAAGUUGCAAGGUCUAUGUUUUUGGAUGUGGAUUCCAUCAUUUGUUUGUCACGCAUUUCAUUAUAUUUUAGAACUUAGCGCAUCAAAUAUAGGUUUUUGUAGUGGAUGUAAUCUUCCAUGAAACAAUCAGAAUAAAUUAUUGUCAUCUGCCGUUCUUACUUAUUAGUGUUUUAUCUAAACGGAGGGUUGAUCAGCCUUGUCACA